AUGGGGAGAGGGUACAAGACGAACAGCUCAUGGUACUACGAGUAUAUGCCGGAUGUGUCGAUCCCAAUCCAUUUCUUGUUCUUGAUGGCAGUGGUGGUUCUGUUUCUGCUGCUGACAUGGUACGUGAGCUACGAGCCCAUGUUUGAGGACAUCAUCGACAACUUCAAAUUGGGGCUCAUGGUCUGCCCUGUGCUCUUGCUGCUCUUCUUGCACUGGCUGUCGUCUAUGUCUGCCGACCACGACUACCCGGAGCGCGCCGGCCCCUUGCGGCUCGUGUCCCGGCUGCUUCCGGAGAAGGAUUCGGUGCACCGGGUGGGAGGAUCGCCGGUGGGAGUGGCGGCCCUUGUUGUGCUUCUCAUGUUCAUGACCUCCCACCACACCUCCUUCCAAGAGCGAUGGUUUCCCCUCUUCGCCAAACGCUGA